CGGAAACACUAUUUUUCUCGGACACUUGACACACUAGUGGCGUGUUUUUUAAUGAACAUGCCUGACAAAAACAAGCCAAAAGACACCGGACACAUCGCGACACCAGUGAACGAUAACAUGGACGACGGAGACGAAGCUAAUGUGACCGUCAAAGGGAGCUGCUCUGAGCAGAGGAAGUUACGUUCUCGCGACGCGGCUCGCUGCAGGCGAGGUAAGGAGACAGAACUAUUUUAUGACCUGGCUCGAACCCUACCACUGCCCAGACGCGUCUCCACACAUCUGGACAAGGCGGCCAUCAUGAGGGUUACCCUCAGCGUCCUUCGUAUGCACCGCCUUCUCCAUUCUGGGACAGAGAGUCCAAAGGCAUCUGAGGAGGUGGAUGACGACGACGAUGAGGACCCGGCGGAUGUCCUGUACACUCAAGCGCUAUCUGGCUUCAUCGUGGUGAUUACGGCAGAAGGAGACAUCAUUUACCUGACCGACAAUGUCAGCAAGCACAUUGGCAUCCCGCAGCUGGAGCUCCUGGGUCAGAGCGUGUACGACUUCGUCCAUCCUUGCGACCAGGAGGAGCUCAGGGACCUCCUUAUGCACCCUGUAUGCAGUAAAAAACUGAGCGGGGGUCAGCUGCGCCAGAUGAACUUCUUCCUGCGAAUGAAGAGCACUUUAACCAGCAGGGGGCGCACAGUUAACAUCAAGUCUGCCAGCUGGAAGGUGUUCCACUGCACGGGCCACAUGCGGGCGCUGGGCGACUCUUCCGCAGCGCUCCCUGCGGACACUGUGAUGACGCUGCUGUGUGAGCCCGUCCCCCACCCGUCCAGCGUGGACUUCCCCUUGGACACGCACACCUUCCUCACCCGCCACAGCAUGGACAUGCGGUUCACACACUGCGAGGGCAGGUUGGGCGACCUGGUGGGAUACGAGGCGGACGAUCUUAUCGGCCGCUCAGUGUUCGAGUUUUAUCACGCAAUGGACUCGGUUCAUGUCAACAAGAGCCUGCACACAUUGCUAGCCAAAGGGCAAGUGAGCACCAGUCCCUACCGCUUCCUGGCAAGUGGCGGCGGCUUCGUGUGGACCGAGACACAAGCCACCGUCCUCUACAACAACAAAACGUCACAUGCCGAGGCCGUGGUCUGCCUCAACUUUGUGCUCAGCGCUGUGGAGCAGUCGGACGUAUUUUUCUCCUCUGAGCAGAUCCGUGCCGGCCAUCGCCUCAAAGCCGAGCACCUCGACGAGAACACUGAUGCAGGCGAGAGUUCCGGCAAUAGCAGCAGCCCGCCGGAGAUACUUCUUCCGCCCACUGCAGAAGACAAGGAUGCCGUUGCUCCGCUGACAGGAGACUUCAUCACGCUUUCCUUCGCCACGCCGCGCAGCCUGAGCAACAUCCCCGAGGACCCUCAGGACCUUUGCACUCCGCAGCUGCGCCAGCUCCUCCUUCCCAUCUUCAACCCUGACUCUUCGUCCUCGUCAUCAUCCUCGCCGGAUCCAGAGCCAGCACAUAGCAACAGCGGCAGCGUGCGGGACACCAGCGAGGUCGAGAAGUUGUUUGCCUUUUGGCCAGAGGAUGGCGACAAAAUGCAGGAUAACAUGCAGAAGGUGAUGGAUGGCGUGGAUCUGGACAUGUUGGCUCCAUACAUCUCAAUGGACGAUGACUUCCAGCUCAGUUUCUUCAGCGCCGUCCCAGAAGCCAACACUGACGUUAACACAGAGGCACCACCUGAACUCACCGCCAUCAACAGGAAACGGACUCACAACUCAGAUGAGGACAUUUUGUCCCAGCUGAUUGCAGCAGAUGACAAGCGUCACAAGCACGACAGUGACGCUGCGUCCCAGGAGAACCAGCUCCUGCUCAGCCAUGUGCUACUGGGCUGCCUGACGGAGAGUCAAUCAGAAGAGGAGCCAGGCACCAAGGGGCGGAGUCAUCUUCUUACUGACAGAGAUCCCAUCUUCGGGGGCAUGAGAGGACUCUGUGACACCACAUCACUGAUGAUGGACAUCUUCAAAUCCGAGCCGCCCCCUGACUUGUCUCCGAUGUCCUGACCAUGCUAAAACAUCAUCGUGGUGGUCAUUGUCUUCAUCAUGGUCUUCAUCGUGGUCUUUCGAUUUCUGCACAUGCUCAGAUGGCAGCCAGCCAACCAGCUACAUGUUAAGAUCAGAAAAUGAUGACACUUUGCUGCUCUGAUGCACAAAAGGCCUUUCAUUGACAUAUUUUUUAUACUUAAUUACCAAUGAUGUGUACAUUUAUCAACUCCGUACAGUGGCAUGACAUUUUGAGGGCAUUUAUUUGUAUUUCUCUUGCAUAUGCUGGGUUAGUGAUAUUAAGAAGAUCUAACACUUCUUAUCGGGUCAUUUCAGAAAUGCAUGUAUGUAUUAUCUUUUGGGUUUUUUAUGCAACUGUACUCUACAAUAAACAUGCAGUAAAUGAGUAGUGAGCUUAGCACCAGCUAGUUUUUAGACCUACAGUAGAAAGACCACACUAUGCGACUUUUUUUGAGGUAGCGGGUAGUAGUUUUGGAAAGGUUUUUCCGAGUCAGAAUUUAUAAACAAGGUUGAUGUUACUUUCAAUGACGUGAAAGAUUGUUUUUAAUGUGUCUAUUGAAAUAAACUGUUUUUGCAACCGCA